AUGGCCCCGCCUCAGCAACAGCCCCAAAACGCGGGCCCCAGCACCACCGGCGGAGAGUCCUCCACCAAGGGGGACGGCUGCUGCGAUGCUGAUGACAGUCGGGUCUCCGAGGACUCCUGCGCCAAAGGAUGCUGUGCGUCUGAUUCACCCAAGCCGGCGCCAGCAACCGUUGCGGCCACCUGUGCGGAUGCCUGCUGCGCCGACGAGGACGAGCAGCCUGAGGCCAACACAGAGGCUAACCCGAAGGACACCUGUGGCGACGGAUGUUGCGCCGGAGAUGAGCCCUCGAAGCCCACUGGGGCCAAGAUGAGCACCACGUGCGAGGAUGCCUGCUGUGACGGCGAAGGAUCCGUCAAGGCAGCCAGCACUGACUCUGGUGCUUCGUGCAAGGACGCUUGCUGCGGCGAUACGAAGCCCGAGCCGGAGGACCCAAAGGACCCAAGCUGCUGCAAGGGAAAGUCCAGCCCGUGCUGCGACGUGUCCUGCCUGGACCGCCUCGCCGCUCGCGAGUGCACAGGUCAGAAUGCAAGUUCGUCAUCGAAGGGUGCCUGUGGCAAAGGACGGGACGGCAAGCCAUGCGGGCAGCACAGCCAAUCGACUCGCCAGAAAUACGCGGCCAAGCUAGAGGCUCUCGGAUGCCUCUGUCGGGCACUCCUGGCGAUGGGGCAGGACUCAUGCUGCCCGCCGCCCAAGAGGUCCUCCCUCGAGCGGAAGCGCUGCUCUAAGCGGUCAUCGUCGACCACCCGCACGUCUGUCGACUCCUGCUGCGCUACCGGCGCUGCCACGAGGGCCUCCCUGACCAUGCGGGCCAGGGCCAAGGGCAAAUCAUGCGCUCAGGAGCCUGGCAAAAUGUCUCAGAAGGACGACUGUGCAGACAAGGACUGCUGUGCUCCGACCACGACCACCACUCGUCUUUCGGUCGACACCAAAGACACCAAGGGGUUCAGGCGUGGCAAGGAUUAUUCUGUUGACCUUGAGACUGGAAAAUCAGGCAAAGACCAUGUGAUCUUGAGCAUCUCUGGCAUGACCUGUACCGGGUGCGAGACAAAGCUACAGCGCACCCUCGCAAGUCUCAGCUCGGUCAAGAACCUCAAGACGAGCCUGGUUCUCUCACGGGCCGAGUUUGAUCUGGAUUUGAGCACUGAAUCCGUGGCAGAGGUCAUGAAACAUCUCGAAAGAACCACCGAAUUCAAGUGUGAGGAGGUCACCAACAAGGGGUCCAACAUCGAUAUUAUCACUCCCGGCGACGCGGUUGGGUUCGUCAAUGACAGCUGGCCACUGGGUGUCACUGAUGCCACGGUGCUCAGCAAGAACGUCAUGAACGUUGCCUUCGACUCCAAGCUUGUGGGAGCCCGAGACCUGCUGGAAAAAGGAUGGGACACCCCUGUGACCCUUGCUCCUCCCAGAGGCGACCAGAGCCUUGCCGCUGGCAGCAGGCAUGUUCGGAAAGUUGGACUGAGCACGAUCCUCUCCGCCAUUCUCACCAUUCCCGUGCUGGUGCUCGCGUGGGCUCCCCUGCCAGAGAGAGAGAUUGCCUACGGAUCUGCGUCCCUAGCACUCGCAACGUUGGUUCAGGUCCUGAUUGCCGGGCCAUUUUACCCAAAGGCUCUCAAGGCCCUUGUCUUCUCGAGGGUCAUUGAGAUGGACCUGCUCAUCGUCCUGAGCACAACCGCUGCCUACAUCUUCUCAGUCGUGUCUUUCGGUUACCUCGUUUCUGGCCAGCCACUGUCAACUGGCGAGUUCUUCGAGACCAGCGCACUUCUGGUGACUCUGAUCAUGGUUGGGAGAUACGUGGCUGCGCUCGCCCGCCAGAAAGCAGUCGAGUCCAUCUCCAUCCGGUCUUUGCAAGCAGCUACUGCUAUCCUGGUCGGAGACGAGGAACGUGAAGUGGACGCCCGGCUUCUCCAGUACGGAGAUACUUUCAAGGUUCUCCCCGAUUCCAAGAUUCCCACAGAUGGCACAGUUGUGUCUGGAUCCUCCGAGGUCGAUGAGUCGAUGGUCACCGGCGAAUCGAGGCCCGUCGAGAAGUACACCAAGUCCUCUGUCAUUGCUGGGUCGAUCAACGGGGCUGGCACGCUCAUUGUGCGGCUGAACCGACUCCCAGGAGACAACACAAUCAGUGCCAUUGCCAAUAUGGUUGACGAAGCCAAGCUUUCCAAGCCCAAGAUGCAAGAGAUCGCCGACCGCGUCGCAUCCUACUUCGUCCCUGUCAUCGUCUCCCUCACCAUCAUAGUCUUCUGCAUCUGGAUUGCUGUCGGCGUUGCUGUUCAGCGCAGGUCUGCAUCUGAUGCUGCCAUACAGGCCAUCACAUACGCAAUCGCGGUCCUCAUUGUCUCUUGCCCAUGUGCUAUCGGCCUGGCAGUCCCCAUGGUCAUCGUAAUUGCAAGUGGUGUGGCUGCCGAGAAGGGUGUGAUCAUCAAGUCUGCCGAUCCAGUAGAGCUGGCCUACAAAGCAUCCCACGUGGUCUUGGACAAGACCGGAACGCUCACUCAAGGACGGCUUACAGUUGCCCGGGAAAUGUGGUUGGGAGGUCAGGAAAGCCUUGCUAACUCGAAGUCACUGCUGCUGUCACUUCUCGCCAGCAACAAACAUCCCGUAUCUGCGACUGUUGCGGCACAACUCCAGUCUGCAGGCGUCAUUCCCACUGCAAAGGCACUAGACGCCAGUACAUUGACCGGGAAAGGAGUUGAGGCAACGACGUCUUCUGGCUCCAUCCUUCGUGCCGGAAACUCCCGCUGGCUUGGGCUCACCCAGGACUCUCGAGUCCAGUCCGUUCUCCCCGAGGGCUACACAACCUUCUGCUUCACGGUAGACGACAACCUGGUAGCGAUAUUCGGCCUGCAGGACUCCCUCCGCCCGGACUCCCUCGACACCGUGGAGCAGCUGCACAAACGAGGAGUUGCAGUUCACGUCAUCUCAGGUGAUGACGAUGCCGCCGUGCGUGCAGUGACGAACCAACUCAACAUCCCAGACGACCGCGUCCGCUCUCGCUGCACUCCAGCCGACAAGCAGGCUUAUGUCCAGGAACUCCUCGCAGCCCCUCAUGGCAAGUCAGCUCCUACCGUCAUAUUCUGCGGCGACGGGACCAACGAUGCCGUCGCCCUGGCUCAGGCCACCAUUGGCGUGCACAUGAACGACUCCUCUGGUGGCACCGACGUGGCCAAGUCCGCGGCGGAUGUGGUCCUCAUGCGGCCCAGCCUCGCCGGAAUCGUCACCCUCAUCAACGUCAGCAAGAAGUCCAUGGGCAGGAUCGCAUUCAAUUUUGGUUGGAGCUUCGUCUACAACAUCUUUGCGAUCUUGCUCGGCGGCGGCGCUUUCUCCAGCCUUCACAACGCCAGGAUCCCGCCCGAGUUUGCGGGGCUUGGAGAGCUGGUCAGUGUGGUGCCUGUCAUCGUGGCAGCCGUGUUGUUGAGGUGGGAGAAGAUCUGA